GGAAAUUGUAACGGUAAAUCGCCUCAAUCACAACAUUGCUCGCCAUUUUGUAAACACCACCAUAAGUGAAAGAUCAGGAAAAAAUUGACAUCAACACCAAAAAUAUCAGUUUCUAAUGGAAGACGGCUUCAAAAGACCCUAAAAUCUUGCGUAAUUUUUAAAGUAUCGUCCACUAUGGCGGACAUUAUGGCUGUGGAAGUGGAAUUCGAGCGCCGAAGUGAAAUAUUCAGGCUUGAAUACGCAACGAAAUGGUUGGAUUUGGAAGCAAUGGUAAAAUGUUAUCUUGAUGCUGAUUUGGACAUCACAUACCUUGAUGAUGAGAGUGAAGAGAUCUCUCUGAAUUCAGAAGAGGAACUGAAUGAAGCAAAAAAGCUAGCAAGGAAGCAAAGAAAUGUACUUGCGCUGAAGGCGACUCGGAGGAUCUGUAUCGGUCGUCCAACAGGGGGAAGUAGUCCCAGCCAGAACAAACCUGUGGAGGCAUCUGACGCAGAGAAAAAGGUGUCAUCUGAAAAGCCAACUUUGAAAUCACCAACCUUGUCACCGAAACCUCGUACAUCACCUGGCAGAAAGAGCAGCUCUUACUACAACGAGCUGAUGGCCACUGCUGGUAAACUGCGAUCGUCUUGCAAACAACAGUUAACUGGCGCUCUGCCCCAGUCCGCGGUGAAAGCAGAGCCACCAGCUAAGACUGGGUCGUCGGUGGAUGCUACAAAGGUUGAAUAUCAGACUGCAUCAUUAAAUAUAGAGAAAACAGCGGAGGCUUCCGGUGUGGAGAUGGCCAUCCCAGAAGAGCUGGUUGAACAAGUCGUGCGUGGAGUCUUACAAGGAUUGGAUGGGGCCGUCGUUGAGGCUAUAAGUCGCAAGAACUCUACUGAUGUCCCUAAGGAAGAUCAAGACAAAAGCAAGAUCAAUAAAUCUUUUUGUCACCUUGGAAUCACCUGUGACAAUUGCAACAACACCAUCAUUGGUGUCCGUUAUAAGUGCGGACAUUGCAUUGACUACGAUCUGUGUGAGACGUGUGAAGCAGUAGAGUUGAUUCACAACCCAAGUCAUGUUUUCCUGAAGUUGCGUCAACCAGCCAUCCCUGGCCUAAGCUUCAAGCCAGAUGGUCGGGUUGCCCCUCUGUUAAGACGACCAAUCUACGCGGAUGAAAACACGCCUAUCGGCAGUUUCGGAAACAGAACCCUGGAAGAGAAAUUGGCUCGCAAGAAAAUGAAGGCUGAGCUGAAACGAAAACACAAAGAGGAGAAGCGUCGCUUCCGAGAGGAGACCCGCCACACUAUCUCGCUUACAAAGAGAGAGCGUCUGGAACGCAUGGCGGAGAAACAAGUGGAACAGAUACUACAAGCAGCUCAUGUGAUUGGACCCCCUAAGACAGACAGGGUGACACAACCCCAGGGGGAGACGGUGAUAGAGACAGUGGGUAAAGAAGGAGAGAAGAGCCCCAUGAUGGAGAGCAUUAAGCUGCUGAUGCGCAAGCGGAUGGAUGCUGAGUUUGUACGGGAUGGUAACCUUCCGGAUGAUACCAAGAUGCAGCCUGGCACCAUGUUCGUGAAGAGUUGGUUAAUGAAAAACACUGGACCCGUCAGUUGGAGUGAAGACACAAAGCUGAAGUUUUUGUGGGGCAGCAUGCAUGGGAUGACUCAAGAGCCAGUCACCGUGCCCCACCUUGCCCCUGGUGAAGAGGGACUCGUGUGUGUGGAGUAUGUCGCACCGUCGUCCCCAGGGCAGUACCAGAGCCACUGGCGUCUUGCUCAGGACGGGGAACACUUUGGUCACCGUGUGUGGUGUAGUAUUACUGUGUGCACGACGGAGGAUUGUAAAGUCGGGAGUGAUGACUACUCCACUGAAAACCAGAAUAAUGAGUCUGCCACUCAAGAGGCCUCUUCUAAUGCUGUAGCCCAUCUACAGACUGAGCAACAGGACCCAUCCAUUCCCAUGCGGGUGAGCUCCUCCACUGACAUGCUGACUGCCCAAGAUGUGCUGUCGUUUGAGAUGCUGAAGAUUUCUGAGAACACCCAGGCUGAGAGAGAGAUGGAGUCUGAGGUGGGGACCUUGACCCAUCAGACCACCCCUACGCCACACAACACUCCGUUAGGUGUUACUCCCUGCAUCUCACCAGUUAGAGAGCUAGACGCUAACAUCUUAAGCAGACACAUGUCACAGCACAGCAAUGUGGAGAUAAUUGAGAUGCUGUCUGAGGAAUCGGAUGAGAAUGGAGCAAAUCUUGAUGUCUUGGAAGAUCAAGAAACAGACAGCUUCAAGGAGACCCAAGAUGAUAAUGUUGAGACGUUGAGCAACAGUGAUGUCUCAGAUGAUCUCUUGGAUGACUUUGAGGUGGUCCCGUUGCCAGAUUGCUUCGAUCCAAGCAAACCUCUCAACUUGGAAAGGAAAAGCUCCGUCACUGGAACACAGACGUUCUUGUCUCUGCUGGAACCCACGCCAUACAUUUCCAAGCAGGAUGUCAGUGUAUCGGCAGUGAUGUCUUCGAGCACCGUUGGCACUGACGUGUCAACUCUUUCCUCAAUCACGCACAGCGAGUGUCAGACCUUAAACCAGCAGUGUGAUGCUGCCAGUUCAGUGAGUCCCAACUCUACCACUGUUGGAACCGACGUGGUCGCCCUGUCUUCUACUUCACACUGCGAGGUGCAGACAGAUUCCUCUAUGAGCUCCUCAGUCUCGGUUGCGUCAGGAGACGAAUCUUUUGUUCAUGUGAACAACUCCAAGAUGCAGAAGACAUCUCUGAGUCCGACUCAAAAAGACGCUGCAGUCACAGCCGUAGCGAGCUCUAGAUGUGUGGCUACCAACGCCGGGUCAUUCCUAAACAUCGCCAGCUCAGUGACCCAGACGGAGUCGUACGCAUCUCAUGAUGCUGCGACCGCAACCGCCAUACCGGUAACCGUAGCGGUGGCAACCAGUGUAGACGCACUGUUCAAUAUGGCGCACACCGAAGCUCAGACGCUGUCAUGCCGACGUGACGCCACCACGCACGCCGCACCUUCGUCCUCAACCAUCUCAACAGAUGUUGAUGCUCUCUUCACAACAUCCCAAUCCGAGGCGCAAACAAUUUCCAACACCCAGGAUGCGACAACUAUCACAGUCACACCUUCCUCGACGACAGUAGCCACCAACGUUGAUGCGCUGUUCAAUAUCGGCCACACCCACUCUCAGACCACGCCUAGAACCCUCAGGGAUGUAACGACCACAGCUCAACCACCAUCUGUCUCCGUAGCUACAGAUAUCGAUCAGCUGUUUGCAACAUCCCGCACCGAGGUCCACACAGAGCCGUUGAUUCCAAGCCAGGCACCCAGUCCACUGCAGAUUGUUAACCCUACUGUGACCCUUGACACGCACAUGAGGUCACCCGCUGACCAAUCAGAUGGAAGGAUGCUCAUCCGUGAUUUCCAAGAAAUUGCGUACCAGCCACCGAAGAUUGUGGACAUCACUAGUCCAGAUGACACAAAUGUAGACGCACCAGAUGUAGUAAACCAGGCAAUUGGUGAGCGAGACCACGAGGUGUUUCAUGAUGCUGUGGAGCCAACGGGUGGAGAUGAGCCAAGGGUAGCUGGUGAAGCCACAGAGAAUGAAAAUGCACCAGCCGCCGAUCAGAACGCAGAAGAUCAAGAUCCUAUGGAAGUUCUUGGCUACACUGCUCAGAAGGCAAUGGAACUCGCUGGUGGGUUUGUGAAGCAGGCCUUUGGUCAAGCUGCAAUGUCAGUCAACGCCCUUCUUAAUCCGCAGCCCCUUCCUGAGCAAGCGGAAUGGCCGGCACAUUCUAGUCAUCUGUUAUCAGCAGAGGACCAGCUGGUGGAGAUGGGAUUCGGUAAUCGCCAACACAACAAGGAACUCCUGAAGAAACACAACGGCAGCAUCUCAAACUGUGUACAGGAGCUUCUACAACAGCAAGAUGACACCUGGCACGCUGCCAGGCAUUAGGGACCAAUCAAUCUGUCCGGUUAGUAUCACAUGAUAGCAAAUAGCCAAUUAGAAUCAUUGUUACUUGAAAUAAUUAAGCUUACAGAAUGUACAGGAACUCCAGACAUUAGGACCAAUCUGUCUGUCUGGUCAGUAUCACAUGAUAGCAAACAGCCAAUUAGAAUCAUUGUUACUUGAAAUAAUUAAGCUUACAGAAUGUACAGGAACUCCAGACAUUAGGACCAAUCUGUCUGUCUGGUCAGUAUCACAUGAUAGCAAACAGCCAAUUAGAAUCAUUGUUACUUGAAAUAAUUAAGCUUACAGAAUGUACAGGAACUCCAGACAUUAGGACCAAUCUGUCUGUCUGGUCAGUAUCACAUGAUAGCAAACAGCCAAUUAGAAUCAUUGUUACUUGAAAUAAUUAAGCU